GGAAGUAGCUGUUUGUUCUGGACGGAAGUCAGCAGUCAGAUAAGUUAGAUGUAGUUUACACUGCAUUUUGGGAACAUUUUUUAAUUUGGGUGUUUUAGUCGGUUCGUUAGUUUUGUUUAACUUAUUCCGGUCGGCUGUCAUUUCGGUUAGCUCGGUCGGUCGGUCGCAGUUAACUCUGUCACGUUUCCGUUAGUUGACACGACAGGAAGCAUCGCUAACGUAGCACUGAAGUUAACGUUAGCAGACAUAUAACGGACUAGCCAGCUAGCUAACGUCAGCUGUCCCAACACACAGGCCAGAAACAGAUGAUUAUAACGGUCAUUAUGUAUAUUUAUUAAACUUGUAUAUAUCCAGGAGGUUAUUUAGCUUGCGGUUUGGUUAGCUCGCCCGCAGUUUCGUAACGAUAACUGUUAGCAGCAUUUUAGUGGGGCUAGCUGAGCUAUCGUUCAGAGAGCGAAAAAAAACGGUAACGUUACGUUUUGCUCGAAACUGGCUCAGCUUUCGCUUUUCAAAGUUGAUGUCUCCAGUUAUAAUGAAAUAGCUGCGGGAUAAUCCAGCUGCUAUGGUGUCUGCCACACCGCUGCACCUGCCAAGUUGAUCGACAGUCAGUGAGACACCUGGUCCAGCAUGAAGGCCCUCGGAUCCAGAUUCUCCUUCUAUGCGGGUUUCGUGGUGGGAACCUUCACACUGUACGUGUUUCUGCGGCAGGUGUGGUUUGAGAGGACUGUGUCAGCACAGCAGGCCGGCAGCUUUGAUAAACUUCAUGACUACCAGCUACAGCUCGAGGAGGAGAGGAAAAUAUGGAAGAAGGAGAGGUCUGCUCUUUUCAACCUGAAGCACCCUCAUCAUAAAGGUGAGGAUAGUGGCAUGGCUGAUGAACUGUAUAAAAAGGUGCGUAUUCUUUGCUGGGUGAUGACUGGACCCAACAACCUGGAGAAGAAGGCUCGGCAUGUGAAGUCCACGUGGAGUCGCCACUGCAAUAUUGUGGUCUUCAUGAGCUCUGUGGAGGACCCGGACUUCCCCACGGUGGGCCUAGGUACAAAGGAGGGUCGGGACCAGCUCUACUGGAAAACAAUCCGAGCCUUCCAUUACGCCUACGAGCAUCACAUCAAUGAGGCAGAUUGGUUCCUCAAGGCAGAUGAUGACACCUAUGUAAUAGUGGACAACCUGCGGUGGAUUCUUUCGAACCACACGCCGGAGGAGCCGAUUUACUUUGGCAGAAGAUUCAAGCCCUACACCAAGCAGGGCUACAUGAGUGGUGGUGCAGGCUAUGUGUUGAGCAAAGAGGCUUUGCGGCGAUUUGUUGAAGGAUUUAAAACUAACGUGUGCACUCACACUACCUCUGUGGAGGACCUGGCAAUGGGGCAGUGCAUGGAGAAAGUUGGGGUGCUGGCAGGGGACUCCAGAGACACUGCACACAGGGAGACAUUUCACCCAUUUGUCCCCGAGCAGCACCUCACUGCCAAGUUUCCUAAAAGCUUCUGGUACUGGAGCUACUGCUACUACCCCAUCUCAGAGGGUCCAAACUGCUGCUCGGACUUGUCGGCGUCAUUCCACUACGUAGAUGCUUCACACAUGUAUUUACUGGAGUACUACACGUAUCACCUGCGUGCCUUUGGCUACAGAUACCGUUACCAGCCCCCCACCCCGCAAGGCUAUAACAUUGAGCAGUUGAGUUCCCGGGAUGCUUCAGAAGGCAAAAAGGAGCCGACUUCUCAGGAGAAAGGGCGAGGAGAGGGGGAUGAUCCGUCCAGGACUGACAAGAGACAGGAUGCAGAUCCCCCCCCUGUAAAGAAAGAACCUCCUGCUGCUCCAGCAGGCAAAUAACAGUAGGAUUGUGUGGGUGUGUGAAGUGAAGGGGACUGAUCAUUAGGUAGGGGGGGGGUGUAUUUGCUUAUUCAUUGAUAGUCUUUGCUCAUAUUUCUACAAAAGUAGAAAUACAGUCCACUUUGAUUUGAAAUGUCCCCACAUGUAAGUGCGUAGCUGAAGGACUCCUACUAAUGUGAAUUGCGUCUGCAAGACUGGUCUUAAGGCAGCAGGUGAUUUAUGACUUCUACCCUGGUUUUUCGAGUUUGUUAGGGUUUUUUUUUUUAAACAGCUGACUGUCCUCUUUAGAAGUUAAAUGGCUUUCUGUGAGCUGCAUUCAUUUGUAAAUGAACUAAAGCACCUUUUUAAUUCAUAUGAGUCGGGUAUAAGAACCAAGUAUUUUCCAGAACCAGUUAAAUUAGAUUUUUUAGAUGUUUUAUUCUUUUCUUGACUGAAGUAAAACCCACCAAAACAACGCGAUCUACCACGCUCUUGGUUUGCUGAAGCUGUUUGACUUCAUUUCACACAGAUAACUAAAUGCCUUGGAAGCCAAUGAGAACCAAUUAUAUGUCCUGACCCGGUCAAACGGCUGUCAGAGAAAGAAAUUUAAAAAAGUGCCUCACCUUUUACAUUCAGUCAAACGCUCACUUUGUCUAUAGGUGACAUAAGUAUUUUCUUUUGCGCAUACUGUGGUUUGCAUGUCAGUUUGCUGUUCUCAGACUUGUUUCGGGCUGCAUUCAAAAGCAUUUUCACAAUACAGGCAAGUUAUGUCCAUGUGUUGUGUAGGAAUGAAUCCUCUUUGUUAGGUUGUAUGCUGCGGUAGCUCUGAUAAGACUGACUUCACAAAAAAGAUUUGUCUUAAAUAAUAAUUUUAAAAGUUUUAUUACAAGUUUUGUUUACAGGACUAGGGCUUCAACUAGCUUAAUAUUAUUUUUUAUUACUGAUUAAUAAGGAGAUUAAUUUCUUGACUAAUUAUUUGGCCCAUAAAACAGUCUUCAAACAGCAGUCAAAAACACAGAAAUAAUCAGUUCUAGUGUUUCCCACAGAAUUAGAAUCGUUUUUCAGUGGGUCGGCAAAUAUUCUGUUUGUGUGGUGCGUGCGUGUCCCUUUGUGAUCAGUCUACAGUAUGUCCCCUCUCUGAAUUCUCUCUGAGGUUUCUGCGGGUCUGUGAAUACAACACAGAGUGAACUCUUCAUGAGGCUUUUUGUUUUUCCUCAGCAGCAGUAUGUUGAGUUUGGGUCGCAUGGUGGCAAAUUGAUCAGUUGAUCAGUUUGUGCUCAGAUCGAUGUAUUAGACGGGCAGCUGCUGCAGAGGCAAGUAAAAGCAUAGUGCGCGGUUUCCAUGGGAACGCAGCUGGUUUCAACCAAAGUAGUUUGGAAAAACGAUAGACAGCGCUCAAGUGAGAGCGCUGCUGUUCCAAGAAAUAGUGUUUUGCUUCUGUAUGAAUUAAUGAAUGGUAGAGUUUCACGUUCACCGUGCCCAGAGUACGCUCUGUUCUCCAUGAGUGUGGUGCUCUGAAUAAUUGAACAGUGU